AUGGUCCACCACCUUGUCAUUAAUCUUUCGUUCAACAGCCCUGAAAUUCGGAUAAUUGGUCCUGUGAAGGAGCAAACCAUUGAUAAGUUGAAUGAUGUAAUUCCUAAUGCUACGUCAACUGCACGAAAUACAAGGACUGCACCUUCAAGGUUUCAGUACGUCUCGAAUCCAAAUCAUUGGUACAUGAAGUUGGAUGGCCAGUUUUGCGAUGCGGAAGGAAUUUCCUAUCUGAUGGUUCUUCUCUUGGAUGCUCUUGAGCUAGAGGGCGUUUGGAAACUGGUUUCAUCAACUGCACUGCGAAGUCCCGUUGGACCGUAUUCGAAGGAUUAUACAGAAACACAUGUUUUGUUCCUGAAUAAACUUGUUGAUGAUAUUUAA